AUGCUACAGCCGACAUCUUCGAGCGUUUCUUCGCUCUCUACCUCCAACUCCGUCUCUCUCUUUAAUAAUACAGACCCUUCCUCGUCCUCUACCACCUCCUCCUCACCCCCGAACCCGUCGUCAACCUCUCCCACCGAAGGCUGGUACUCACGGCCGCUGCGCGAGACGACGCGCCCGUCCUACCUCCCUCCCUCUCCAAACAACGACCUCCCCGGCAAUAACCUGCCACGCAGGAGACCUAUCCCGCUGCACCAAUCCAGUUUGAACAUCUCACCUCAGAAUUCCCCGCGGUCGCCUCGGUUCUCACCCUCGUUAACAUCCUAUCACGAAGGUCCACGCUCGCCGCGCGAGAAGCUGGAUGCUCUGUUAGCUGAGGAGAACGUUCACUCGUCUGCCGCUCCCACGCCUACCCAAUCCAACCCGAACCCUCCUCUUGUCGCUACCACUGCGCUUCGAGGUGCAGUGUCCUUAGGGAAGCCUUCUUCGCAUGCUCAACUACGCAACGUCUCUGCACCUGUCCCUCGAACUACUUCUGUAGGCAACUCGCCUCCCUCCUCGCCCGCCAUGAUGCCGCCCCCCUCACGACCACACCGACCUGCAGAGGCCCGCCCCACGAAUCAGCGAACUCACUCGAUAGACUCACAGGUCUCCACACUGUCAUCGAACUCUCAAUCAUAUAAACCAUCGGGUCAUGCUUAUAAGCCCUCUCAAGAUGGCACCUCUCAACAACCGCCCGACAUCCCUGCCCUCAUUGCCUCCGCAGGCUCUCCAGAAGCAGCUAUUCUUGCGCUAUGGAAGGAGAAACAGAGCGCAUCUAACCACAACAACCAGCUGUGGCGUCUUGUGGAAAAACAAAGAGCCAUGAUCAUCGGAUUGAAUAAGGAUCUCGAGCGAUCAUUGAAAGACAAAGACCGUUACCGGACGAAACUGAAAGAGUAUGCCAGCCAGGUUCCACCAGUACCGGGACUGCCACAGAGAUCAGAUACAUUCGAUUCUGUCGUGGAACGCGAAGAGAGCGCAUCACCCGCUCCGAGCGAGAGACUGGAGGAACAUGCAAAGCCAAACAAAAGCAGUGAGCAGAAGGUAACCCCAUCACCACAGGAAUCAACGACAAUAACUGCCAAAACGGUUCCGGAUUCUCAGCUAGCAGAAUCACCAUCUCAUUCCUCCGAAACACAGUCCGCUUCUGGCCCAUCUUCGUCAAUAAACUCCCCCACAGAUUAUUCAGUGAAACCUCUCAACGUCACCGGCAAAGGUCUUGGGCUCAACUCGCUCAUGGGCGAAAGCAUUUCGAUCGUGACCUCAUCCGUCGACACGAACGAGGCCCCUCGUGAAAAGGCUGUUACGGGUUCCCCAUCGUCUGCAUCGCAAUUGCAGGCACCUUCCUUGUCAAUCACUCAGGCAACACCCAUCAUUGGAAGAAAUGGAUUUGAAACACCAACAAGCCCAGAGAAGCCCGCGCAUCCGUCAAGAAAACCACCGCCAGCGCCACUCAAACUUGCCAAACCUGCCCAGACCAGCGCUCAUCUUUAUCAGUCCAGAUCUGGCAACCAGGACGAAUCAGACUACGACGAUACUUUGGAAGUCGAUGAGAUCCCCACCGUUGAAAGGGGCAGGAGAAAGACACGUGAGGAGGACGAUCGAGUCCGCGAAGCGAUGAUGGUGCAGGAUGAUGAGGCUCGCAGCAAAUCGAAAAAGAAGAAGAGCGAGAGCAAGAGCAAGUCUGGCGCCACAAGUGACGACGGCCUUGGCUCUAAGAACGCUUCUGUGGCAGGGUCGCUUUCUCCACGUAUGCUGAGCCCUGCUCAGGUCGGAUUGCCCAUGUCACCCCGCCAUCCUCCUGCUGGAUCGUUGAACGCAUUGCUCAGCCCUACGAACUCUGAUAGCUCAAUGAUGGCAAACCGAAGCGUGGGGUCUCCACCCCUGAUGAGCCCCGGCUUGCCAAUGAGCCCCCGUCCUGGGGAUAGACCAAUGAACUCGCCACUUCCUAGGAACCCAAAACAGUCGCUGGCAUCUCCCCCCGUAUCACCAAGAUCCGGCCUUCAUGGAAUGCCCCAGCCAGCACCAAGGCCACCACGGCAGCCAAUCCCUCUGCCUCCCAACACGCCCCAGUCAUACACUUCCCCUAAUGUUGCCCGAGCCGACGUCGUUGCUCGAUCGGAGCCAGCCGCUGCGCAGCUCAAACCACAGAGCUCGUCAUCAGACUUCCUCAGGCUACCCAAUGCUCAGUCCAGUCCCGACGCUGAUAACAGUAUGACAGGACAAGAUGAGUCAGAGCACGUAUACCGCGGUCUUGUAUCCGAACAAUAUCCAGGUCUCCUUUUGCCGCCUAAUGCAUUGCCAUCAAUCGACGUCAAAGUAUUUUCAUCGCGGUUACGUCCCUCACGUUUGAGUUUUAUGGCACCAAAGCCCCAGGAAGAGGACCCUGUCUUCAUCCUUGCAAUUUACGCCCGUUCAAAUUCGAAACAAUUAUGGCGAGUUGAGAAGACGAUCAUGGCAUUGCCUGCCCUAGAUACGCAGUUGAAGUCCCAGUGCGACUUCCAGGGGAAAUUACCGGAUCGGGCACUUUUCAGUGGCCAUGCACCUGCCAAGAUUGAUGCUCGACGAGCUGCUCUUAAUUUGUAUUUUGAUACCUUGCUCGAAACACCGAUGAAUGAGAAGGCCGCGAUGAUAGUUUGCGAAUUCUUUUCAACGGACGUCAUUGGUGCACAGAAUGAUGCUGCUCUGUCACCUGAACACGCGGCAAUGACAAUCACGCCAACCGCGCCGGGCACCAGAGGCAAGCAGCGUAAAGAAGGCUACUUGACCAAACGAGGCAAAAAUUUCGGUGGUUGGAAAGCUCGGUACUUUAUCCUUGAAGGCCCCGAAUUUCGAUACUACGAGAUGGUUGGCGGCGCUCAUCUUGGAACCAUCAAGCUACAGAAUGCGCAGAUUGGCAAGCAGUCCCAACAACAAUCUAAUCAAUCGCCACAACGGCGCGACGACUCUGAGGACAAUCAAUAUCGACAUGCGUUCCUGAUCUUGGAGCCAAAGCGGAAGGACUCCUCAAGUCUAGUACGCCACGUUCUAUGCGCCGAAAGUGACGAAGAACGAGAUGCUUGGGUCGAUGCCUUACUCCAACACGUAGACUGGCAGGAUGAUUCAUCUCCAAUCGAUGCUCCCGCUAAGCACGCUCCGUCAAGCAAAGCUCAAACACAAGAGGUGCCUUCACGGGCAAGGAACAGUCCAGAUUCCGACCAACGUACUAGGCUCCAGGGCCUCAGUUACGACGACACGAUAGCAGCUGAAGCGCCCGUCCGAGGGCCUGCACAACGCGAACCCAGGGAAGGGCAGCCGCAUUCGCCGAAACUGAAUAACUUCUCUGAUCAUCCCGGAAAUCAUCACCCUUCCAUUUCGGGCCCAACGAAUGGUGCACCCAUUCAAAAUGCUGAAUUUUGGGGAAAUAAAUCUCUUGCCGCUCCAACGACAGUGAAAGAUAAAAAGAGGAGCAUUUUCGGAUUCAGAGGGCGUGCUUCGUCGGAUCUCGCACCUGCGCAGGCUGCGGCGGCGCAGCAACUGCAUCCCCAAGAACGGGUCAUUCAGCAUAACCGCAAUGUAUUCGGUAUUCCGCUGCAAGAGGCCGUAGAGUAUUCUCAACCCGCUGGCCUCAGGGUUCCACUGCCUGCGGUUGUUUAUCGAUGUCUCGAAUACCUAAAAGCCAAGAAAGCGUCCCAAGAGGAGGGUAUUUUCAGGUUGAGCGGAUCAAACAUCGUUAUCAGAGGGCUUCGAGAGAGGUUCAAUAGCGAGGGCGACGUGAACUUGCUAGGUGGAGAGUAUUAUGACGUUCAUGCGGUGGCUUCCCUCUUGAAACUAUACCUUAGAGAACUCCCGUCGUCUAUUCUGACACGAGAACUCCAUCUUGAUUUUCUUAAGGUCCUUGACAUGGACGAGCGCUCCAAGAAAAUCCAGGCGUUCAACGUCCUGGUACACAGGCUUCCCACGGUUAAUUUUGAACUGCUUCGGGCUAUGUCGUCUUUCCUCAUUGAGAUCAUCGACAAUGCUGGCCAGAAUAAGAUGACUGUCCGCAAUGUUGGCAUUGUCUUUGCUCCCACUCUCAACAUCCCUGCACCAUUGAUAUCGAUGUUCCUGACCGAUUUCCCGGACAUCUUCGGCACAGAAGUCGAUGAGGCCACAUCGCCGAUACAUGAAAUCGUCGUGAGCACUCCCCCACUGCCGGAUGAUGCAAUUCGAUCGCCCCGGCGACAGAUGUUCUCGGAUCUUCCCACGCCAGCGUAUAAUACAACCAGCUUUGGCCAAGCAAUGGAUGCCCCUGCCAGCUUUCCUCAGCAGUUGCCCCAGCUUCCGCAGCCGAGACAGCAACAACAGCAACAACAACAGCAACAAUAUGCUGGAUACGAAACCGGCUUCAUUCCUCUUCGUCCCAGUUACGACGCCCCCAUGUAUGAGCAGCAGUUCCAGGGUGCAGAGGGCUAUGGCAGUCUGAACGGCGCGCUGCAGCCUGGCAACUCCCGGGAAGCAAAACAACGUAAACGCGAAAGUGGAAUGCUUCUGAUGAACAUGGGCAUGUCGAUGGGCGGAGCACCCAGGAACGCUUCAGGCUCAAAUCAACGAGCUCGAGACGAGAGUCGUAUGGUUAGGGAAGGAACCGCUUUCGACUAA